AAAAUGACUGGUCGCGGUAAAGGAGGAAAAGGACUCGGAAAAGGAGGCGCCAAGCGUCAUCGCAAGGUUCUCCGUGAUAACAUCCAGGGUAUUACCAAGCCCGCUAUCCGUCGUCUGGCUCGUCGUGGUGGUGUCAAGCGUAUUUCCGGUCUGAUCUACGAGGAAACCCGAGGCGUGCUGAAGGUUUUCCUGGAAAACGUCAUCCGCGACGCUGUGACCUAUACCGAACACGCCAAGCGAAAGACCGUCACCGCCAUGGACGUUGUCUAUGCUCUUAAGCGUCAGGGACGCACAUUGUACGGAUUCGGAGGCUAAACGAUUAU